AUGGAUUUGUAGUAUAUUGAUUUCUUUUCAUCUCCUUUUUCUUUUACAGUAGGCUAAUCUAGCAGAUAAACAAAAAAAGGGACUAUACAAGGAGCUAUUUUAUCAGCUUUUGUUUUUAUCUUCGCAAUAGGUUAUUUCUCAUACUUAUUCCACUAGUUUGUAAAUAAUUAAAUUGAACCAAAUUACAAAUCUCAAAGCUUCAUAACAGAAGAGAGGAUUGAUAUAGAUUUAAGUUCUGAUUUGCUUGGAUUCAGAUUCGAAUAUAAAACGAAUAAAGAUUUAUAAAUUUUAUAAGCAUCAUAGAAUUAAACAUAUUUGGUUUUUUAUGCCUACUUUUACUAUGUAAAUGGUACCUCUUUAACUUAAACAUAACUCAACAUCAUAUAAUGCACUAAUCCUUAAUUAGCUGGAUUUUAUUGUUUAGACUUUUCACCUGUUUAAAAUUACACUCUAACUUUAAGUACAAAAGAAAAUUUAUAAUCUUAAAUAUAUAUUUAUACUUAUGGUUGUCUUGACAUAGACUUUAAUAAAAAUUCUACUCCAAAUAACUGCGCAAAUUAAACAGAAAUCAAUAAAAUUGUUAAUGGCCUAGAAGCUGGUUUCAGAUUUAAACUAUUUACUUCUUAGUUUAAUACACAAACAAAGUAGAUUUAAGUUAAUUAUAGAAAUUAUUAUGCUUAUUCUUUAGGAAAAUACAUUACUUAUACAUCUUUAAAAGCAUAAAAGCAAAUUACUACUGUAAAGUAAGGAUUAUUUGUUUAAGAUUAAUCUAACUACUCAUCACCUAUUUCUUAUGAGAAAGAAAAUCAACUUUGGGAUAGGGAGUACACAAUAAACAAUAUUAAUUAGAGUGGCUAUGGUAUGUUUGAAUUAAUUAUGAAUGAGAUCGUAGAAUAAGUUGAAAUUCAAUACCCUACGAUUCCUUCAAUAUUGGCAUUAGUAAAUAGCACAAUAUCUCUUUUAAUGAUACUAGGAUAUAUCGGAAGAAGGUUUUCAGAAGGCAAAAUAAAAAAUGAUUUAUUUUUAAUGCUGUUAUAAAAUGUCUAUUAAGAAAAAUAUUUAUAAAUUUUAAAGUGCAACUAAUUAUUAGAAUAAAAUAUUGACUCUCGUUAAGAAUUAGCAUAAUAAUAGCAAUAAAAAUAAUCUUAGUAAUAAUAAAAUUAAGUAAAUUUAAUCUAAUCUAAAUUUAAAAAUGAUUAAUCAGGAGUGUUUUAAGAGUAACUUGAUGAAAGCUAAAGCUAAAAUAAAUAAAUUACACUUCGAAACAUUGAAUUUAGGAAUAAAUAAUUUCUUGAUUAAUAAAAUAAAUAAUAAGUAUAUAAACAAGAAAACAAGUAGCAGCAUAAAACACAAUAGCUAUCAUUAAGUCUUGAUUAAAAAAUUUCGAAAAAUAUUGAUUUUAGUGUUUAAAGCCCAAAUCAUUAAAUGAAAACUGCUUUUUUUAAAUAGCAAAUAAUUGAGGAUUAAUCUAAUUAUAAAUUAAUUAAGUCUUUGGCUGAAGAAAAAUAGACAAAAAAUAUAAUUAAAAAAGAAUUUUCCAAAAAAUUAAAAAUAUCAAAUACAAAUAUAAUGUUAAAUCAAAAUGGCAAGCAACAUUCAAAUAACUUUUAAUAGUUAAAAAAAUCAUUAAAUUAUGAAUUUUCAGAAAAAUUAUAAUCUAUUCUAUUUAAAUUUAGAUUUUUUUGUAAGAAAGAGUAUUUAUUAUCUAAAGGCUUAGAUUAUUAACAAAAAAAAAUAAUAGAAAAGCAGAUAUCAAAAGAUUUAAAUAUCUUCGAAUUCUACAAAGAUAUUUUAUUUUUGAAGAAGGCUGUAAUGAUUUUAUUAAGUAGUGAGCAAUUAGCAGUCAUGAAGAUUAUAGGUUGCUCUUCAAAUUUCUUAGAGCAACCUAAAACGUUAAUCAACAAGGAUAAUUAAUUAAAUAAUACAGGAUAAUUAAAUUACUUCUAAGAAUAAUAUAAAUAAUUUGAGUCUGAAAAUCUGUAAUUUGAAAAAAUUGAACAAUUUAUUAAGAGAUGUUAAUAAAAUAGUUCUUUAACUGAAAUAGAUCAAAGAUUAUUAUCAUCUAUUUGUAUCUGA